CCGGCCGCGGGAGCCGCGGCGGCCGCAGAGCACUUGAACAGGGCUCUGGAAAUAAAAGAAAAACAAUCAAACCUGACCUAACCUUACCUAUUUACCUACAACCUACCAACCUACAACCUACAAACCUACAACCUAACCUAACCUAACCUACAAACCUACAACCUAAAACCUAAAACCUACAAACCUACAACCUAACCUAACCUAAAACCUAAAAUUUUUGCUGUUACAUAUUUGUAUCAAUAGCGUCACAAUUGUCCACUCGGACCUAAUAUAUACUAAUACCGUUGGUUCGUGUAUCAGUAUAGAAUAUUUUCGAGGAGGGAAACCAAAAUAAGGAGAUUGCAGUAGUUACCUUCCAACAGUUAUAAGAAAAUAUCCUGAGUGUUUCCGGAAGCAUCUGCAGUCUGCCACCUUUGACACCAAAAUGGCUGCACCUGUAUACAAUCCGCGAAUGCCCUAUUCUGAGCCGAUCCCGGGCGGGCCGCUGACGCCCGGCCGUAUGAUCCGCAUCCAGGCGUGCCCACAACCCAACGCGUCUAGGUUCGCAAUCAACCUGCAGGUGGGCCCGAACGUGAACCCGCGAGACGACAUCGCCCUGCACAUAAACCCGCGCUUUGACGAGAACUGCAUUGUGCGCAACUCGCUCAUCUAUCAGAGCUGGGGAGACGAGGAGCGCCAACCGAACUUCAUGCCGCUGCAGCGCGGCGUCAACUUCGAGAUGCUGAUUCUCUGCGAGCAGUCAGAGUAUAAGAUCGCUGUGAACGGCCAGCACUUCUGCGAGUUCCGUCACCGCAUGUCGCCGCAGAACGCCACCUACCUGACCAUGGACGGAGACGUCUACGUCUCUCUGCUGGGCUUCGAGGGCGGCGCGCCCGCUGGCGGCUUCAUGCCCUCGCCGACCCCGGGCUACGGCGGCCAGCAGCAGCCGCCGUACGGCGGCCAGCAGCAGCCGUACGGCGCCCCGCCGGGCGGCUACGGCGCGCAGCCCAGUCCGUACGGCGCACCGCCCAGUCCGUACGGCGCUCCGCCCGGGGGCUACGGUCCGCCGCCGCCCUACUCGGCCGCCGGCCCGGGCCCCUACCCGCCCCACGGCGGCGGCGGCAGCGGCAGCGGAGGUCUGCUCGGGAAGGCGUCUGGCGCUGCGGCCGGCGUGCUCGGCGGCCUCGGCCUCGGCAAGGCCGCCUCCAUGCUGCCCGGUAUGAAGUCGAGCGGAGGCUAUCCGUCCGGAGGAUACCCAUCAGGAGGAUACCCACCAGCGAGCUACGCGGCUGGAGCGCCCGGCUACGGCGCGUACGGCCCCGAAGGCUACCACAAAAAGAACAAGAAGGACAAAAAGUCCAAGCUGGCCAAAUACGGUGUGCCGCUGGCGGCCGGCGCGGGCGGCGCCUAUAUGCUGAGUAAGGUCGGCCACGGCUUCGGGCACGGCUUCCACCACGGCUCCAGCAGCUCCAGCAGCUCGUCGAGCGAGGAGGAGUGAUGUGGGGGAAAGAGUGACGAAUUACUGGCGAGCUCGAACGGAAGGCGCUGCGGCAGAUGGAUGAGGGCGCUGUCUGUGUUUCGGUAGACGGCGCUGACGCAGUGUAUUCAGCGGAUGGGGUAUUGGGGAUUGCCAGGGGCCCUGGGGUAGCUUUGGCCAGGCUGGGCCGCUCACCCCUCGUGAGACCGAAGCAUCGCUAUGUGCUAGUGGCCAGCGCUGCAGGGAUGGCAGUAACAGUUAACAGUCACGCACCAAUACGACAAUUAACCCCAUAUAAUCACAGCCGCUUCAGUCUCAUUGGGUUCCCCGUAUAUUUUGUCACCGGAAUGAGGAUCUUCUGGGUUAUGGCUGCUGCUACGGACCCACUGCCCAGUUGCUUUGGAUGACAAUGUAAUUGAGACUGAGAAGUUUGAUGCCAUUUUGUAAAACAUUUGAUUUGUAAUCCCAGCAGCGAUUACAUCAUUCAAGCCAUGUGCGCCAGCUUUUUGUAAUAAUUUACCUUGCUUGUUUUGCCGAGUUUGAGACGCAUGGGAGCUUAGCAACACAGCCCUUCGCCUCUGUCGGAACAGCUAUUCCGACUUAUGCACGAUGUUUGCACGUUAGCCUAGUCGUAAGUGAAUUCGUCCGGUGUCUGGCUGAAUGCUAGGUCGGCCAAACCAGUUGGACGGCAAAUGGCCAUCUGUUCACGCGAAAGUGGUUAAAAACUUUGAAUCAGUCUAUGUGACGUGUUUAUUAGCAGUCAUACGGUGUGAAUUAAAUGUUACUAUAUAUGUAUAUUUUGCUAGUUUGAUGGGUAAUAGUGGUUCCACUGCGACAAUAUAUGAAGUUUGGAUUGUUU